AUGCCGCCUUCCGCGUCGAAAUUGCGCGCGACUAGCGCUGAGUUCGUCCCCAGGCCCAUAACAAAAGCUUCCAACGUUCUUGAUGCUACCAUUGUCACCCGCCACCCGCCUGAUAUCGCACGUACAGAUUGUAUCGUCGGCAUCUGCACUGUCCCUUUUGGACGCGAAGGCAAGGAUGACCUGGGCCAUCACAUCGCUGGUUUCCUCGCAUGGAUGUCUCUUUGCACCGAACCUGGCACGAAUGACUACAAGCAGGUGUGGCUCUCGCAGACUGACCUUCUUGAUGCUGUGCAAAAGCACAACCUUGAUCAUGUUGGCCGUGAUGUGAGUGGAGUUGCAAAGAAUGUCACUCUGCCCAUUACUGUUGAACCGAAUGCACAAGCAUUGGUUGGCAGGUUCAUGAGCGAGCUUACGAAGAAGGUCCAAGCUACUCGCGAUGAUGAUGACGCCCUUGUUAUCAUCGCUUGUGGUCUUACCUCUCUCGAGCAAGAUAUCUUUCUGUUGGAUGGGCAGGACUACGUCGCCACCAUUACGAGCGACUCCAUUUGCGCCGCCAUAGGCAAGGAUGUUAAGGUUACCUUCAUCACCCCUUCUGUAACUUCUGCAGGCUGGCAGGUCAACCCUUCUUUCACUCAGCCCAUGACUACUAGGGCUGAACCGAUCGAGUUCGCAUCACGGCAGUGUGGUGCACUCUUCAGUGGCUACCUCAUAAGUCCUUUCUAUGGUGGUCAUUCCACGUACCUCAGCAAGGACGCCGCCGGACUACCAAUCCAAUCCGUUCCCGUUAUCAAGAGUCCCAAACUCAAGGCUGCUGAGGGCAAGUUUCACGCAGAGCUCUAUUCUCAGUUAGCCAGUCGCUACCUUUGGAAGCACAGCAUUCAUUCUUUCUGUUUCGAUGAGAUAAACGAUCCUUGGAACGCGCUCAUUGGUGACCGCAGUGGCAUGCCUUUGGCCAAGCUAGCCAAACGCUGGAGCAAUCUCGGUGACGUUGACAGCUCUGCAUCAGACGCUUAUGACUAUUUUCACUUCCUUGGUGGUGCAUUCGGAGGCAAUCGAAAAUCUCAAUUGGCACACCUGAAGCAUAUGUUUCAGCAAUCCCUCAACGCGCCAGGUUACCACUCAAACAACCUUGGUGAGGCCCACAAGCACUUUGACAAGCUUAUUCGUGCUGCUGAACAAGAUGAGACUAAGUGCCACAUUCUUUUCAACGCCCUUGAGCAACGCAUGUCCCUAGUGGUGCUUGGCGACAUGAUCACCAAGACCUUUGGCUUCGCAGCCAACUUCAACAAGCGCUGCCGGGACUGGAGCGAAGGCAAGUGGUAUGAAAUGGCUCCAACUUCUAUCAAGGAGUUGACCAAUUACGUCUGGGGUAGGAUCAUUGCCAACAUACCUCCCAUGGGCAUGCCUUAUGGCCGCAACCUUGACCCACAUAAGGAACUAUUCAAGGUCUUGAGUGGUCCAACUCGCUACAUUGCUUCCGCCUUGAUUAUGCGAUGUCCAGCUGCGGGUGGCAGACUAGAAGCAGCCAUCGAUGAAAUGUCCGAGUUUCUUGUACAGCUCAUAAAUCAUCAGGCAAAACUCCUUGUUAUGUCUCAUGAUGUCCACCAAUUGGGUAUCGAAUGGGCUGAAAUCUGUCAAGUCGAAGGGCGCAUUGAAGAUGCUAAGAUUGCUGCUCGUACUAGCCAGAACGACAACGCUACUACUACUGACAACACUCAGACGGCUCAGUUGGCUCUGUCGGUGCUGAUUAUUGAGUCCAGCCCUCGAAUAAACCAAUCAACUCCUCGAGUUACAGUUCAUCCGCCAUCGCCAGAGAAGAAUUCCCGUCCCAAUGACGAAUAUGCCUACGCCCAUGAGCGCGAGAAGGGUCAGGCCACGGAGACACCAGAGCCAAAGGUUAUCUCCAUUGCACCCAUUUCACCUUCUGGCGAUGCCGACGAUGAGGCCCAUCUACCGCCGCACUUACGAUCGCGUCGGCAUCCGGUUUCCCGUACCACAACGCCGAUCAACUCCCCCCCAGUAUCCACAAUCUCUAUUCCAACAACGGCCACUCUCGCCGAGGGGCCUCGAGCAGAACCGCGUCGCACACCUCCACACUUACGUGUAGGUAGAAAAUCUACGCCUGUAACUUCCAUCAAGUAUCGCUAA